CAUCACAUCCGCUAAAUUUGGCGGCACCAAAACCGCUUCUCGUCACCCCCUCCACAUUUCCCUCCACAGUCUCUCUCUCUCUCUCUCUAGAUUCUCUUCAUCUCAAUCUCCUUAGAUUCAGCACAAAUAUCUUCGUCUUCGCUUUUCUGCCCUCCUUAGAUUUCCCUUUUCUGGAUGCUGUAGACAGUACCGCUUCACCAUGGAUGCCUCUGCCACUUCAUUUUCACUCUCCAGCCUCCUCUGCCAAGAAACCGAGUCUUCUCUGAAUGAUUCGCAAGAAGAUUGUCGCUGUUCUGACUUGAAUCCGUGUUCCGUCUCUGAAUCCGAGGAAGAGUACGUGCAGAACCUGAUCCAGAAGGAGAGCAGUUUCGAAUCCGAUCAAUGCGUGCCUGAACUCGUUUGUCGGGUCCUGGGAGAAAGCUGGCUCAAAUGCGCCCGCUCGGCCUCCGUCAAAUGGAUUCUUAAUACAAGCGCGUUAUUCGGCUUUCACUUCGGCACAGCUUAUCUUUCGUUGAUAUACUUCGAUCGCUUCCUCUCGAAGCGAUCCAUUGAUAAUGGGAAAAUGUGGGCUAUUCGAUUGUUAUCAGUGGCGUGUGUAUCACUGGCCGCGAAAAUGGAGGAAUGCGAAGUGCCAUCAUUGUCGCAGUAUCAUAUGGAUGAUUACAAUUUCGAAAGCUGUGUGAUUGAGAGAAUGGAGUUGCUCGUCUUGAACACCUUGGAAUGGAAAAUGGCGUCCAUCACUCCUUUUGCUUAUCUCCAUUGUUUUGUCGCCAAGUUCUGUCUCCAGAACAGAGAGUUUAGGCCAAAAGAAUUAAUCUCUGGAGCUACUGAGCUCAUUUUGGAUAUAUUAAAAGAGAUCGAUGUCAAGGAUGUCCAGCCAUCAGUAAUUGCUGCAGCCGCAGUCUUAGCUGCUUCCCAUGAUGAAUUAACUAUGAAAACAAUGGAGGUUAAGUUGAGUUUUAUCUCAUCCAUUAGAAAAGAAAGCGUGCAUUCCUGUUUCGACUUAAUGAAGGAAAUAAAGAAGGGAAAACCUAAGACGCCGGAAUCGGUAUUGUCGACUAAUUUGAAUUCUAUCAAUGUUUUUGAGAAUUCUUCAUUUGCCUCAGCUGUUGGCAGCAAGAGAAGACUAACUUACACCGACUGUGAUCUGCAUUGCCCUUUACAGAAAGUCCAUCGGACUUAGUUACUGGAUUUGAUAUCCGUUUAUCAAAUAUUGAUUGGUGUUUAAUUUCCCAUUGGAUUUAUAGUAUAAUUUGCAAAGGAAAAUUCAUUCUUAUGGUAGGUUGGAUUGUCGGUUGAAUGUCAUCUACCAACUUUAUGGUGUCCAUUUCCCAGUGCCCAAGAAAGUUCGUUCUUCAGCCAGUGACAACCAUGCAAAUAGUGAAAGGAGAAGUAAAUAAAUAAAGAGAAAGGAUAGCUUUAGCCUUGAAAUGUAAGAGCUACAAAAGUGCAAAAGCCAUUGAGCAAAUGAGGGCCAAAGAGAUAGAUGUCCACAAGGCUAAACAGGACUGUUUUGUUAAUAGUCAUUCUUUCUUUCUUUCUAGUGUUUGCUUUCAUGAAUGCUAGCUACUAAUGCUUACCCACUUUUCCCAUUUGUUUUCCAUUUCUUUUUCUCUCAUCUUCUAUUUAGAAUAUGUAAUGUAGACAUCACUUGCUGCCCUACCUUUUAACGGGGGUGGGGGGCGGCUUGGGAUGCUUCCUCUGUCUUUCAAAAGGCUGAAAGUCAUUAGAUGGGGAAUGAGGAAUGUAGAGUUGUUUUUGUUUGAUUUGAUGCAUCUGUGUCUCAAUUGGGCCAUCACAAAGCAUGUAAAGUUGAGUUUGAUUGGAUUUGUUUGAAUGUUGGUGUUUGCUUUUUAAUGGGUAGCCAACUUCUCUUUUGCUGUUAAGUUUCUAUUGUGUUCUCAAUUUUAUCAAAUCGCCAAAAUGAAUUUUGGGUAUCAAGUUGGAUUUACUUCUGCCCAUUACUAUUUAGCUGAAUUUCCUUUUGAA